AUGGGCGCCGCCAUUUUGGAGGCGAGAUGGGCGCCGCCAUUUUGUGGGCGGGCCAGUCCGGAAGUGCAUGAGUGUGUUCCUGUCUUCUCAGAGGAAGUGACGUUGCCCGAGAUGGGCGCCGCCAUUUUGUGGGCGGGCCAGUCCGGAAAGGAAGUGACGUUGCCGGGGCAGAAGUGGGCGGUGCCUGAUGAUGGCGGGCGGGCCGUGAGGGAUGUCGCUGCACCGGGCACGGGGGACACACUGCAGUCCCAGCUCGGGGCUUGGCUUGGCAAUGAAUCAAUCGGCGGGGCCCAGCCAAAGAAGAGGACGGAGCCGGUGCGGAUCGCGGCGCCCGAGCUGCGCCAGGGGGAUUCAGAUUCAGAGGAAGAUGAACCAGCAAAGAAAAAAAAUACUGUUCAGGGACGCAGCGAGGGCUCGGGCUUGUCCGCUUUGCUUCCUCAGCCCAAAAACACGCCAGUGAAAGAGACCAACCGGCUCCUCCUGCCCUACGCCUUCUCCAGGAAAGCAGGAGGAGAAAACACCUCUGAUUCCAAACCCACCAAGUCCCCGAGCUCUUCCUGCAAAGCCAAACCCGCGGCCAAAGCGGCCGUGGCCACCACUCCGUCCCCGUCGGCCAUCAAGGCGGCGGCCAAGAGCGCGGCGCUGCAGGUCACCAAGCAGAUCACCCAGGAGGAGGAGGACAGCGACGAGGAGGUGCAGCCAGAGAACUACUUCUCCCUGCCCGACAGCAGCCAGCCCAGUGCUGUGGGCAACGAGCCCUUCCUGUAUCCCAGCACUGGGGGGUCAGAGGAUCCUCCUCCCGGGACAGAGCCGCAGCCCCAGCUCCAGGACGCGGCUGCUAACGCCCCGCUGGAGUUCAAGACAGGGGUUCAGCACAGCUGGGCACCCAAACCUGGUGAGGACUACAGCAGCCAGGCCUACAGCCAGUUCCCUCCCAGCUACGGCGAGCCAGGGGGCUACUACCAGGAUUACUACAGCAGUGGGUAUUACCCAGAGGUGGAACCAGCCCAGCCCCCACCACAGGAGACCAGCACCGACUCCUCCUUCAUCGACGACGAAGCGUUCAAGCGUUUGCAGGGCAAGAGGAAUCGUGGCAGGGAGGAGAUCAACUUUGUGGACAUCAAGGGUGAUGACCAGCUGAGUGGGGCCCAGCAGUGGCUGACCAAAUCCCUGACAGAGGAGAAGACCAUGAAGUCCUUCAGCAAGAAAAAAGGAGAUCAGCCCACAGGACAGCAGAGGAGGAAACACCAGAUCACAUACCUGAUCCACCAGGCCAAGGAGAGGGAACUGGAACUGAAAAACACAUGGUCUGAAAACAAGCUCAGCAGACGACAGACUCAAGCCAAGUAUGGAUUCUGACACAUCUGUCCUGCUUUCUUGGCUGGUGUCCCUGCUGUGUCCUGGCUCUGGGGGAUCAGCCAGCCCCCAGGAUGGUGCUGCUGGCUGGGAGGGAGGACACUGCACUCCCUGGCCUGGCAGGAAGGGUCAUUGCAAGCUGCUCCUGAGACUCCACCUGUAAUCCUUCCCCUCUCCUUGUAAACAAUAACGUGGAAGUUGUGAUCAGGCAAGGACAGCACUGCAGGGAACGUGCUGGGUGUGAGGCUGCAGCUCCUCCUGAGGGAGCAGACCCUUCAGCAGAGGCUCAAUAAACUCCCAAUUCCCACUUUGCUCCUCUCUUGGA